GGGGAUCUCUCUACCAAGAGUCCAAGUCACACAAAGACGGUUUAAAAAAAGAAAAAAGAAAAAAGAAAAAGAAAAUACUGGCCCGACGAGGCCCGACCGACCGAAAACAUCACAGCAGCAGCCACCGGCCCCCUCUCCUCUCCAGUUGGCUAUCCCGCCGAUGCUUCACUAGAUUUUCUCUCUUCUUCUUCUUCUUCUUCUUCUUCUGCAACCAUGAACUACAAACUUCUAUCACUUAAAUAUCGAUUUCACAAGCUUCUACGCUCAGAUGUUGCAUGGAAGAAGCAAAUCAGGUUAUUUGGCACGGCCGCACCUCGAGAAAUACCCAAUAUGUCAAUCAGAACUGGGAGAAGGAUAUCUCCAAAUGAAAGAAGAGCAAUCGUGGAAGAAUUUGUCAACAAGUACAGGAUGUUGAAUGCUGGAAAAUUCCCAACAGCCUUAAUUAUUAGAAGACAAGUUGGUGGUAAUUACUAUAAUAAUAAGGCUAUUCUUCAGGAGUUGGAAUACAGUUCCAAGUUACCUACUGUUCCCACUGCUGCAAAUAUCCCAGCUAUAAAACAAACAGCUCAAGUAAAUUGUACUUCUGAUGCUGGAGUUAAUCCAGACUGUCAAGUGUCAGGCAAAGACAAUAGGACUGCUGUUGUAGAUAAAUAUGAUACUUCAGCAGAAUGUUACUCGAGUUACAACGUUGAUAAAAAAAGUGACCAGAAGAUGGUUGAUAUGUUAUCUUUGAACAAACAUGAGAUCUCAGCCGAAUAUAGUGGAAGUGAGAACAAGGUUGAAUUGAAACUCGUGGGACAACGUGAUAUUGCAUUUGCUGAUAUGGACAUGAGUGACAAUAGUAGAAUUUCGGAAAGCGUACUGCCUGGUACAUUAAAUGUGGCAGAGAACACCGUGGAAAAUGAGACUCUAAUAGCAAUGACAAUGGAUGAUUCUGGAUCACCAGCAAAACCUGGUCACCCUUCUGAAGUUACAGGAAUAUCCAGAAACCCAAAGCCUGAAAUAGACAAGGCGUCUGGUCAAGACUUUGAAUCUGAUGAACUCACAAGGUGCAGGGUCACACAUGUUGGGAAAUUCUCAACUGCGACUGAAAGUAAGAAGCAAUUCAAUGACCCGGAUAGUGCUACUAUUGAGGAGUUAGAUACUGUAAUAGUAGGAGGUGAAGUAAAUAACACCUUUGAUGUUGAAAAUACUCUGGAUUGUCAAAUGAGACUUGGUAGGAUUGUUACUGUAAAUGACGAUCAAGUGUCAGCUGAAAAUGACUCCAGCAGCCAAAAGGCGGUUGAUGAACCUAGUUGUCAAAAGAUGAUAAAUACCUCAAAUGUGAUCAAGAUGAAUGAAGUAGCAACUGAAGAUGUUUGCAGAAGUGGGAAAAUGGCAACUAUGAGUGUAAAAGCCAAAGAAACUGAGGAUUGUGAAUCAUUUGCAAAGCCAAGUCAUCCUUCUGAAGUUUCUAAAACAUGGCAAAACACAGAGACCGGCGAAUCAGAUGAGGCGUCUGCGCAAGCUUCAAAAUGUGACGAAAAAUCAAGGGCUACUGCCACGUGGCAGGAGGCUGUCGAAUCUAAGGAAUCGCCGCAAUCAUCAUUAUGGGGCAGCCUGAAGUUCUUCGCGAGGAAUGUUAUUAGCAGGUGGCGUAAAACAUGAAUUACCUUAUUGUUAGAGAUUAGAGAAUUAAUGACAAGAUUGUAUAGUAUGCUUGAAGAUUGUCACAACAUCCAUGGUAUAGAUUUUAUAGAACUCAAAGGCGUAAGUUUUUACUUCGAGAAUUUUUUGUAAGGGUACAGUUGGAAGUCCCUGACGCGUUUCAGCAACUAUUGUGUCAUACCGCCUGACAGAAAAGUUAAGGAAAGACGGCCUUGAUGUGUUGAUGGUGGCCUUGUUGG